AUGAAAGGAGGAACGUUAAAGCUAACAAUUUUACUGUUCGGUUUGGGCCUGGUUUUGGCCGGUACGCGUCCAAUUUCCGAUUGCGGUGAACGGAUUGAGGACGAUGGCUAUCCGAUGGAGCGCCACGUGGUGACCACUAGUGACAGCUACAUUCUGACCAUGCACCGAAUCCCAUACUCACCCAAAACUGGUGAUUCAGAAAAUCGCCCAGUGGCCUUCCUCAUGCACGGAAUGCUGAGCUCUUCUUCCGAUUGGGUGCUUAUGGGUCCGGAGAGAUCCUUGGCUUAUAUGCUGGCUGAUGCUGGUUAUGAUGUGUGGAUGGGCAAUGCCCGAGGCAACACUUAUUCCAAGGCUCACAAGUUCUGGCCAACAUACUGGCAAAUCUUCUGGAAUUUCAGCUGGAAUGAGAUUGGAAUGUACGAUGUGCCGGCUAUGAUUGAUUAUGUUCUGGCGGAGACUGGUCAGCAGAAGGUGCAAUAUGUGGGUCACUCCCAGGGAACCACGGUCUAUUUGGUAAUGGUAUCCGAAAGACCCGAGUACAAUGACAAGAUCAAGUCCGCCCAUCUCCUCGGACCCGCCGCUUACAUGGGCAACAUGAAGAGCCCGAUGACCCGAGCCUUUGCACCCAUACUGGGUCAACCCAAUGCCAUCGUCGAGCUCUGUGGAUCCAUGGAGUUCAUGCCGAGCAACAAAUUCAAGCAGGAUAUGGGCAUUGAGAUGUGCCAGGCAACUUCACCCUAUGCUGAUAUGUGCGCCAAUGAGAUUUUCCUAAUUGGAGGCUACGAUUCCGAGCAAUUGGACUAUGCUCUGUUGGAACAUAUCAAAGCCACUUCUCCGGCGGGCGCCUCUGUAAACCAAAACCUUCACUUCUGCCAGGAAUACAACUCCGGCAAGUUCCGUAAAUUUGAUUACACUGUUCUGCGAAACCCCUAUGAGUACGGCAGCUACUUCCCUCCGGAUUACAAGCUAAAGAAUGCCAAGGCACCUGUUCUAUUGUACUAUGGAGCCAAUGACUGGAUGUGUGACGUGAGUGAUGUUCGCAAGUUGAGAGAUGAACUGCCCAACAUGGCUCUGGAUUAUCUGGUUCCCUUCGAGAAGUGGGCUCAUUUGGAUUUCAUUUGGGGCACUGAGGCUAGGAAAUACGUGUACGACGAGGUCUUAAAGCAGAUGAUAUCCUACGAAUAG